AUGGCAACCGUUCCCAACCAGAUCUGGACCGAAGUUCGAGUCUACCCUCUCACAGCAGCCAAGCAGCUCCGCGAGGCUCUAAUGCAAUACCACGACGCCAUCAAAACCGACAACAAAGCCACUCUGAUUUGGAACCCAACCGACGACAUAAUCCUCAUCAUCAACUGUUACUGCGCCCCCGUCGAAAACCCCUCAGUAUUUCAGCCCUUCUACAGCAUCCCCCACCUUACCAACUUCGUGCCCCCGGGUGUCCGAACAAUCUACGAUCUAGUCCAGAUCAUCGCGUCCAUGAACGAGGCCGAGCCUACCGUUCACGAAUUCCGCACCAUGUCCAGCCGUCACAGCGUAGCGGUAUACGAGGCCAUCGAGAAAGCCCACGCCGAGCAAGCCGAACUCCUCAAGGUCGUGGAAGGUCUUGCCCUGACGAGCGUCAUCCAGUCCAGGCUCUCUCUCGCCAUGAAUCAGACGCUGAAACACGGUGGUAGUACGCUAGGCUUAGAGCCCGUUGGACAGCAAUGUACGUCUCUUUAUGGGGGUGUAUCUGCCCUACAAGUAUUCGAACUAUGCGGCGCGGGAUCAGGAUCCCUUGGCGCGUUACGGGGCGGAGAAUGUGCGGCGGUUGAAGGAGGUUGCGCUGAAUAUGAUCUCGAGGGGGUGUUUCGGUCGUUGCAGAAUGGGGGGUGGUUGUUGUCGAAGUCUUAG